CUUGCAGUAGAACUAGAUUUUACACCAUGAUCAUCUCGCCAUCAACGACCCACCUGAAUCCGCCGCAAAUCUUCUUAAAUUUCCUUAAAAAAAACUCCAUCACACUAUUAUAAUUAAUUCCACGAACAACAACUAGCCUAGCUUCUUUCCUUAGUUGCCAAAAUUUGAAAAUCCGAUUCCCCAAUCCGUUUCUUUUCAGCCUUGAGAUUUCAAUUCGGCAUGGGCAGGGCAGGGCAGGGCAGGGGUAAUUAAUUUCAGGUCUUUUUAAAAAUACUAGUGUACAUCCGCAGCAGCAUCUACCUGCUUUUCAACGCCCAGCCUAAAUGUUUAAAUAAUCUCAAGUAGUGAGCUGAGCAGAGCAGAGCUACAGCAGCUUCCUGACUAAAUCAACGGCGCACUGUCUCGAUCGGGGUCAGAAUUUGGAAAAUUAAAGGAGACAAAGAGAGAGAUAGAUUCUUAAAUUAUCUGCUGUUCUGUGAGGGAGACAGAACGAGAUCGAUUGGGUUAUUUUCAUGGUACCACCGUAGAGAAAUGAUGGAUGCUGAUGAUAUGAAGAAUCAAAAGGGUGGUGUGAAGAGUGGCGGCAAUAAAGAGGGUGGGGAGAGUGAUGGUGAUGGGGAUGACGAAGAAUCAAGGGCUCUUUUACAUCCCCAUUCACCGGAAAUUGGGGGCUUAGGGUUAGGGUUUGGGUUAGGGUUAGACCAGUUGCCAUUGCCAAUGCCAAUGCCAAAGAAAUCUGAUCAGAAGCCAAAGAGGAAAGUUCAAUGGUUGGAUAAGAAUGGGAAUGGGGAUAAGCUUGCCCAGAUCUUGGAGUUUGAGCCAAGUGACAUAAGCGACUCGGAUGAGGAUGAAUCAGACUCUUGCAUCUGUACUAUAAUGUAGAUGCCAUAUUUUAUACACCUAUUUACUGUCUCUCUCUCUCUCUCUCUCCCUCUCUCAAUUGGCAAAAUGUGAAGUUAAUUUUCUUCCAGCUAAACCAUAAAGUUUGCUA